AUGUCUGCCGGUGACGCCGCUCCGCGUGGUGGUUUCACCAUGGCCAACGCCAACCGUACGCUUGACGAGACUCCCCAGUCUAUUCGUACGGAUCGAGAAUUCCAGCUUCGCAACCUCGCCCGUCUUGCGGGAAUGACCCCCGAUCAAGACAUUACUGCCCAGGAUCAGAAUGGAUCCCGCUUCAAUUCGACUGAGGGAAGUCAGAUCACUCCUGACUCUCAGGAUUCGAAGAACGUUUAUUUUGGCCACAAGAGCCGUCUCAGUGCCAGCAGCAGUCUCGCGGAGUCGUUCGCCGAGGCCACUUACCAACCUACCUUGAGCGACAUCCAUAAUUCCAGCAUGUCUCCUAAGGGCCAAUACGGUUCCGAGCAGAACACUUCCUUUGACAGUUCCCAGGACUUUUCCGCUCCUAAGGAUGAGGGACGCUCUCAUGUUUUCAAGACACCCCCGACCUCUUUCCCUGGUAAGACUUCUACUGGCUGGUUCUCCGACAAAGCCUAUCGCGGGGCAAUGCUGGGUCUUGGUGACGACAGCGAUGCCCUUGGAGGCUUCAUCAUGGACAAAUUGACCGGUGAGGAUCGCAUCCCUCAGACCGUUGGUCCUCCAACCACUACUUUUGGUAGUCCGUUUGAUGAUGAGUGUGUUGAGACUGCUCCUCCGUUGACUCAUGUUCGCCUCGUCGGUACCGACUUACAUCGGUCUCCAACCCCUCUGCCCCGAGGUGGUUCUUCUAACAAUAGCGUGCUCCUCGCAUCCGCUCGACUGUCAAAGGCCACCGAGAAGGUUAACUACCUCGUCUCUGCUCAACAGCAGAACGUUCAAGGUAACGUUGCCGUCAACUGUGGUCAGGCAAUGCCUCACCAGGACAACUCGCUUGGUAGCGGCUACAUUCAGAGCAUUCUCAAGCAACCUGGCACGAUGACCCAAGCUGCGAUGCUUGGCCACCACAGACAUAAUUCUGCUGGUCCCAUCAAGUCUCCUAACUCUCGUGACUUCGUCCAGAAGGACGAGGGUAACAUGGGACAUCUUAACCCCGGCGCUCAGCCAUUCGUUGCCCCUACUAUGCAGAGUCAGCGUCCUAACACCGUUCCCAUGACUACGUUUACUCCCCCUAUCGUAUCCAAGCAUCUCGGAAGCCUCCUUAGCGGUCCGGGCGGUGUCCCCAGCCUCGGUCUUAUGCUGGAUGCCAAGAAUUUCCCCUUCGUUGAGACCGCUAUCCAGGAGCGUGAUGGCCCUCACCAUCCGGGUGUUAUCAAAAUCACCAACACGCCUUUCGAUACCAGCCGCAACGAGGUUGACGCGUUCCUUGGUCACAACGCACGCCUCUUAGCCGACAACAUGGAGCCCAUCCACGUCAUCAUGUGCCGCGUCACCGGAAAGACGUUGGACGUUUACGUCGAGUUUCAGUCGACGGGCGACGCCAUUCGCGCGGUCGAGCGUCACCUGAAGAAUUCGGCUGCUGGUCGCCCCAGCAGGAUCGGCGACAGACUUGUCGAGGUUUCCGUGGCUGGCAAGAAGGAUCUCAUGAGGGAGUUGUUCCCGAAGGCUAACGGUGUCGAGUGGACGGAUGGCCAGCCGUACAUUUACGAGACCUCGGAUUUCCCUUUCCGAGGUUUUGUUUCUGACGAGGAGCUUACCAUGUUGGUUAAGCAUGUUGAGAACCCUCACCGAUGUCCCUUCUCUCGUGAUUGCCCCGAGCGUCCUUUCGAGUGCCUCAUCAGCCUGCUGCGAAAGUUCCCCUGGGAGCAGACGCAGUACAUCACCAUUCGCCAGCGUUCCCACAUUUUCCAGACCACGUACCGUCUGAUCCAAAUCCUUCGGGCCAAGGUCAUUAGAAAGGUCAACGAGGCCCGCUUGACCACUCGCCUUCUCAGGCGCCUGGUAACCACCGCCAUGACUUGCCCUGGUUUCACUGUCAUGCAGAAGGAUGACGUUGCCAGGCUUGCGGACUUGAGUCCCGGUGAGCUCUCUGGAUUUGGUCAGCCGCAAUUUGCCUAUCGAUGGCGACACCAGUACGCUAUUUCGGUGAAGCGUGGUCUUCCCUCCGAUCUGAUUGAGUGGUACAUCAACGUCAUCGCCCAGGAAACCCGCGACAAUCUCAUCCACUUCCCGCUCAAGGAGCGCCAUGAGAUUCAGAAGCUCGGCGGAUACACGGAUGACUACUGGGGUUACUUCUGGCUCGAGUUGUGCAUGCCCCAUUUCCAGGAGUUCCAGAAGUUCACCCUCGCCCAGGUUGCCGAGAGGGAGUUCGCGGCCAUCGAGGGCAUUCUUCGACGUGCUGCUAAGAAGAUGGGCGCCUCUGACGUCUACUAA